AUGUAUGAUGCUUCAGUUAAAGUUAUUGACGCAUCAUUUUGUGAUUUUUCUGGAGUAGAUGAAGUUCACUUUAUUUUUACAAUUAUUCCUGCUUAUUCAAGAGCAGUUUUAAGUGUAUGGUCAGCUUUUUUAUGGUUCAUUUUAAUUUUUUUUCCGAAGCGCUAUCAUAAAAACGCUCAACUUUACGAAAUUAUUGGAAUGAUAGUAAAGUGGCUACUUCUAAAACUCUUAUGAUGCAAAAAGAGAAAGAAGACUAGGAAAAUAAUAGAAAAAAAGUUCAAAUAUCCUUUCAGAAUGGUUAUAUCUUCUUGAUUAUCCUAUGGUUUUGCAUUCGCGACAGCUGUUGAAGUAAUAAUUAUAUAGUUUUUGAUAUUUUCCUAUCAGCUUGUUUAUUUAGUUGGCUGAUUAAAAUCUGAUGAAAGUGGGUUUUAUUUUCAAAAAAAUGAUUAUACUUUAGUUGCUUAUAGAAAUAAUAAAUUGCAGAGCACAUCUGACGAUAUUAGCAAAGAAGAAAAAGAUAAGAUAAUUUUGUUCCUGGAAUUCUUAUACCCUUGUAUCAUAAUAUCAUUUAGUAUUGGCCAUUCUUUUGUUAUUUACUCUAUUUUACUAAUGCUUUAUAAAUAUAAGCGAUUUAUGCUAAUCAUAAUUGAAAACAACGAUCGUGAUUUUUUGAGGCAAAUAUGGAAGUUUUCAAGUCAUUCAGCUAUGUUUUUUAUUCGUAAUUAUAAAUCAGCUCAAUUUGUUGUAAAUACUUUAUUUUUACAAUUUUUCUACUCAUUUUUUGUUUUUUUUAUGCUCUUCUUAGCUUUGCUCUUUGUUAUGUUUAUUGAUCUUAGAGGAUAUCUAGCCAGCCAAUCUGUAUGAUUUUGGAUUGGAUUUACUCCAUUAAUUCUAGGGUAGAUACUAACUCUCCCGCUCUGUGAGCGAACAAAAAUUGGAAAAAUUCCUAUUUUUUGGGUAAAAACCCUCCCUCUGCGAGCGAAUAAAAAAUAAUUUUAGUAUGAAAAUUUUUAUGAAAAAUAUUUUUGAUAUAUAUGUAAUCAUUGGUCCAAUGAAAAUCUCUUGCUAGUUCUGUUUAAUUUUAAACAGAUUGCAUUUUUAAAACACAAAAUUUUAAAAAUUAAAUAUAUAUUUAAUUUAAAAUCAUUUCGAAUUUUGAUUUUCUUAAAAUUUUGUAAAAAAAUUACUAUAAAAUUUAUGUAAAAAUUUUUAAAAAAAAUUAACCCCAUGCCUUGAUCGAACAAAAUUUUUUGUUCAUUCACGAAGAAGAGGGAGUAAGUAGAAUAUUUUAUUUUCCAAGAUUAGUGGAAAAGAACAAAAAAGUCAAAAAUAAAUUAUAUUUGAGCUUUUGAGAUGGGUGAAAUUUCUUUAUAGGGUUUUUAGGGGCUUUUGUUAAAGGUUUAACUCGUUAUAUCUUAGGAUCUUUAUUUGCUUUUUUUAUGGGAUUCAAAGCUCAUAGAAGCGUAAUCCCGUAUCCUUUUGAUAGCUAUGAUGCACUAUAUGUCAGCUUUUACGGAUGCAUAGUGCUUCAUUGCACUUCGCUUGGAAUUUUACCAAGCGAAGAAGAAAUGUAUGAAAUUGAUCAAAUUCAAGAUAAUCCUAGGCCAUUUUUCAAUAGAUAA